GACUCAGUCAACAUUUUGCAGCAAACACGAGCGGUUUCCUCUCAGCCAUGGUAUGAUAGUCCACCGACCAGGUCGCCAGCAUGGUCUCCCUAAAUCCUGUGGAGAAUCUCCUGCCACUCGCCGCCUUGGGACUCGUUUUGCUUGGCAUUUAUUUUUUAUAUAAAUGGAAGAGAUGCGUUAUUACCCAAGUGAAAGGCACAGCGGACUGCCCCCCCUGCACGCCGGUGACGCUGGUGCACCGUCUGUGUCCCCAUCACAACGUGGUGCAGAGCUUCGAAGUGGAACAGAAGGACAGCCUGGACGAACACCUCGACGUACUCACCAGGAAACUUGCUGAGAAGGAAGGCCGGCUGCGCCUGUCGAAGUCGAAAAUCAGGGAGACGCAGCAUGAGAUCGACAACCUCCACGCCAUAGACCACGACGUCAAGGUCAAAUACAAGGAAAUUAUGGAGUCCCUCCGCACAGACCUGCUAACCAACGAGAAGGACUGCAAGAAGCUCCAGGAGCAGAUCGAGUGGGUGUCGCGGCGUCGCGCCGAGCUGCGCGAGGAGGUUCGAUUAGGACAAAAGCGGUAUGGCGAGGCGGCCGCGGAGCUGGCGAGUAAUUUGUCGGAGCUGCAGCGCGGCAGGAUGCCCGAGUACAGAGUGACUGAGAAGCCGCAGAGCCAGAGCCUUCACUCUCAGUCCUGUAUGAGGCACAGAAAGGAGCCCCACCUGCCCGCGGCCCCAUCUGUCAAAUCUCUCGUCAUAAAAUCGCCACCCGCGUCCGAGGAGGCCGUCCUGUCGACCAUACAUCCAGGGCAAUAACGUGUUUAUAAAAGUGCUAAGUCAAAAUUGUAUUGUGUUUUUUUAAGUUAUUUUAUAUUGUUUUUGUUAUUUUUAUUUCUAUAUUAUAUUUUCUUAAAAAUCUA